GCGCGGCCAUAGGUCCAUGUACCUUGCAGGCGUGGUGGGCGCGUCCUGGCAGCCGCCCGCCUGGUUUUCGCGGGAUCUGGUCCCCGGCUCGACGCCGGCUCUCUUUUUGACGCCCCGCCGCCGGGGUCGCCAUGGUUCAUUUCUUGCACCCGGGCCACACGCCCCGGAACAUCGUCCCUCCUGACGCUCAGAAGGAUGCCCUGGGCUUUUGCGUGGUACAGGAAGAGGCAUCUCCCUACACUUUGGUCAACAUCUGCCUGAAUGUCCUGAUUGCUAACCUGGAGAAAUUGUGUUCUGAAAGACCUGAUGGAACACUGUGCCUUCCGGAGCAUUGGAGUUUCCCUCAGGAAGUAGCCGAUCGAUUUCUCAGGGUGAUGACUUGGCAAGGCAAGCUGACUGACAGAACAGCAAGCAUUUUCCGAGGCAACCAAAUGAAACUGAAGCUGGUCAAUAUUCAAAAAGCUAAAAUCUCUACAGCUGCAUUCAUAAAAGCCUUCUGCCAUCAUAAGCUCAUUGAACUGAAUGCUACUGCAGUGCACGCUGACCUCCCAGUUCCAGACAUCAUAAGUGGACUCUGCAGCAAUAGCUGGAUCCAGCAAAACCUCCAGUGUCUCCUGUUAGACUCAACAAGCAUCCCUCAAAAUUCAAGAUUACUGUUCUUUAGUCAGCUCACUAGUCUUCGCAUUUUAAGUGUUUUUAAUGUUUGUUUUCAUACUGAAGACCUGGCUAAUGUUUCUCAGUUACCAAGACUGGAAAGCUUAGAUAUCUCUAAUACUCUAGUCACUGAUAUUUCUGCACUGCUUACCUGUAAGGAUCGAUUGAAGUCUCUCACAAUGCACUAUCUGAAAUGCCUGACCAUGACCAAACCACAAAUUCUUGCAGUCAUUAGAGAACUUAAAUGUCUGCUUCACCUUGAUGUUUCUGAUCACAGGCAACUCAAAUCAGACCUAGCUUUUCAUUUGCUACAGCAAAAGGAUAUCCUGCCCAAUGUUGUGUCAUUGGAUAUUUCUGGGGGCAAUUGCAUCACUGAUGAAGCUGUAGAACUGUUUAUACGACAGCGGCCUGCCAUGCAAUUUGUGGGACUAUUGGCCACGGAUGCUGGCUAUUCUGACUUCUUUACUACAAAGCAAGGCUUGAGGGUUGCUGGAGGAGCCAGUAUGAGUCAGAUUUCAGAAGCACUGAGCCGAUACAGGAACAGAUCAUGUUUUAUGAAGGAAGCCCUCUACAGGCUAUUCACAGAGACAUUUUCAAUGGAGGUAACCAUGCCUGCUAUUUUAAAGCUUGUGGCUGUAGGAAUGAGGAAUCACCCGUUGGAUUUGCAAGUACAAUUCACAGCCAGUGCUUGCGCUCUCAACCUAACACACCAGGGCCUGGCCAAGGGGAUGCCUGUUCGCCUGUUGUCAGAGGUCACCUGUCUACUUUUCAAGGCUCUGAAAAAUUUCCCCCAUUACCAGCAGUUACAGAAGAAUUGUCUUCUCUCCUUAACCAAUUCCAGGAUUCUUGUGGAUGUUCCAUUUGACAGAUUUGAUGCUGCCAAGUUUGUCAUGAGAUGGCUCUGUAAGCAUGAAAACCCCAAGAUGCAAACAAUGGCAGUGAGUGUCACCUCUAUUCUGGCUCUGCAGCUCUCACCUGAGCAAACGGCACAGCUUGAAGAGCUUUUCAUGGCAGUUAAGGAACUUCUAGCAAUAGUAAAACAAAAGACUACUGAGAAUUUAGAUGAUGUCACCCUCUUGUUUACUUUGAAAGCACUUUGGAAUCUUACAGAUGGGUCUCCAGCUGCCUGCAAGCACUUUAUUGAAAAUCAAGGAUUGGAAAUCUUCAUCCAAGUCUUGGAGACCUUUUCAGAGUCAGCAAUACAAAGCAAAGUACUUGGUCUUUUGAACAACAUAGCAGAAGUCAGAGAGCUCUCUUCCAAGCUGGUGACCGAAGAUGUGCUGAAGCAUAUCAACAGUUUACUCUGUAGCAGGGAAAUGGAAGUCAGCUAUUUUGCUGCAGGGAUCAUAGCCCACCUGACAUCUGACAGACAGCUUUGGAUAUCCCGUGACUUCCAGAGGCGUACUCUUCUCCAAGAUCUGCAUGCAACCAUACAGAAUUGGCCAAGUUCAAGUUGUAAGAUGACAGCAUUGGUGACCUAUAGAUCUUUCAAGACAUUUUUCCCACUCCUUGGCAACUUCUCUCAACCAGAGGUUCAGCUCUGGGCACUAUGGGCUAUGUAUCAUGUCUGCAGUAAAAAUCCCAGCAAAUACUGCAAAAUGUUAGUUGAAGAAGAAGGAUUGCAGCUUUUGUGUGAUAUCCAGGAGCACAGUGAGGCAACCCCCCAAGCACAGCAGAUUGCAGCCUCCAUUCUGGAUGACUUCAGAAUGCAUUUCAUGAAUUAUCAGAGGCCCACUCUGUGUCAAAUGCCUUUCUGAACCUAAGGGACUUCAGAGGUGUGUGCUCUUCCUCAAUGUCAGGUGUUCUGCCCUGGCAGUAAUUGCACAUCAGUUGUCAUUGGAGUUUGUAAGUUGGCUGUCUCAUUGGCCUUUGAUUGUUGAUUUUAUAUAUGUUACAAAAGGUUGGAUUUGUAUGAUAGCUGUAAUCCCAAGUCAAGUUGGACUCAUUCUGCAGCCUUUCAGCAGCAAUUCUGAAGACUCAAACCGUGGACUCUGGGAAGACCUGGGAGCUUGUGUUGGAACAGCUAUGCAAAUUACUUUUCUCUAGCCCUGGACAAUUUUUUCCCUUUGGGAGCUUGUCAUGGGAGUGGGACCUGUUCACUAGAAGAAAAAGGAAGGACCUACAGGGAGACUUUGAUAUUUAUAUUAAAUUUCCUUAGUUGUUAUUGUCAUGUGAAGCUAUGAGAAAAGCUUGGGAAGCAUAUGCUUCAAAAUAUAGUGUUUAGAAGGCAGAACCCCUGUUGGAGAGCAGGGAAAAGAAUUUAUUUAUUUAUUUAUUUAUCUAUGGCUGGGUAUGGUGGCUCACGCCUGUAAUCCCAGCACUUUGGGAGGCCAAGGCGGGUGGAUUGUCUGACCUCAGGAGUUCGAGAUCAGCCUUGCCAACGUGGCAAAACUCCAUCUCCACCAAAAAAUACAAAAAUUAGCUGAGUGUGGUGGUGUGCACCUUUACUCCUAGCUACUUGGAGGCUGAGGUAGGAGGACCACUUGAGCCCAGGAGGCAGAGGUUGCAGUGAGCUGAGAUUGCACCACUGCACUCCAGCCUGGAUGACAGAGUGAGACCUCAUCUCAAAAGAAUAAAGGGGUGGAGAAAAGAGAAAUAUAUUUUUUUACUUUUUUUUUUUUUUGUGAUGGAAUCUCUCUCUGUCGCCCAGGCUGGAGUGCAGUGGCACAAUAUUGGCUCACUGCAACCUCUGCCUCCCAGGUUCCAGCGAUUCUCCUGCCUCAGCCUCCUGAGUAGCUGGGACUACAGGCACAUGCCACCACGUCCAGUGAAUUUUUGUAUUUUUUAGUAGAGACAGGGUUUCACCAUAUUGGUCAGGCUGGUCUCAACCUCCUGACCUCGUGAUCCACCCGUCUCGGCCUCCCAAAGUGCUGGGAUUACAGGUGUGAGUCACUGCACCUGGCCUUUUUUACAAUUUUGGGUGUCUAUCUUUGGCAUGUUUCCUGUUAUGAGAGCAUGACAUGCUAUGUAUGUGAGUGAGCUUGUAGGGCGUGGUGGGACUUAGGCAUUUGCAGACAGUGUUUAGAUGAAAGAUUAUAUGUAAUGAUAAAUCUGAAUCCCUCCAUUUUAUUUGGGUGGGACCAUGACCAAAACCGGUAGGAAGAGGAAAGGCCAGAAAGAGACUUUGCCAAAGAGUUCACGGAGUUUUCUUACCCAGCAUGCUGACUAAAGAAAACAUGGGCUUUUCUGAAACCAGCUUCAACUACAGCAUAAACUAUAUCAGAAGCUUAUUUGAUAAGCCCUGCGGAGCUGCUCUGAGGAAUAGAGUGUGAAUUCCUUCCUUGCCUUAUUGUUGACUGUUAAUGAACAUGUUUUGUCAUUUAUGUUUAAGUUUUUCAGAAAAUAAAAGUAAAUUUCUGUUUAUUAGCACAUUUUAGGACUAGAGUUUUGUGCUUUUAGCUGGCUUGGUUCAGAUUCUUAACUAGUGUACCAUGUACUGUCUUUGGAAAUCAAAUGAGGAAGAAGCUCAUUCUCACUUACUCUAAACCAUGUUCCAAACUAUUACCAGAGUCCAACUAGAUAAGCAGAAUUUGUAACCUUACUUCCUUCCAUAGUCCUUAAACUGUCCUGUAUUUUUUCACACUCUUGCAUGAUUCCAAAAGGAUAUCUUCCUGACCUGGGUUCUAGUACCUCAGAGCAUUGUUAUCAGAUGCUACCUUAUGCUAUGUGAGGAUGUGUUAUGGAGACUAGUGUGUUAAGUCCAAUUCUGUACAAGACAUCCUUUCAAGUUCUGUGUCAUUCACAACAAUCCUCACAGGUAGGUGAGUUUUAUUUUCCUCACUUAACAGAUGAGAAAAA